AUGCGCUCCAAAGUUUCGGCCGAGAUCGACCGUCUCGUACAAGACGGCGUGCUUUCGUCAAUAAGCAUUUCAGACUGGGCAACACCGGUGGUGCCGGUAGCAAAAAAGAACGGUGAUAUAAGAUUGUGCGGCGACUUCAAGUUGCCAGUCAACCCGGCGUCGCACUUGGAACAGUAUCCCCUGCCCAAAGUUGAAGACAUAUUUGCGGCACUUUCUGGAGGCGAAGUCUUCAGCACUCUGGACCUGCGCAACGCGUACAAUCAGCUGCCGCUGGACGAUGAAGCUAGAAAGAUCGCGGUACUCAACACACACCGGGGGCUUUACUGCUACAAUCGCCUAGCAUUUAGAAUUCCUUCAGACCCCGCCUUGUUCCAGCGACGCAUGGAAUCGAUUUUGCAAGGUUUGCCGAAUGUUCAAGUGUACCUCGACGACAUUAUUGUGGCGGAGAAGGAAAACGACACAUCGGUACUGCGGCAGGUGUUUCAGCGGCUUCGUGAACACAACUUGAAGUUGAACAAAGCCAAGUGCCGGUUUAGGGAAGCACAAGUGUCGUUUCUGGGGCACCGCAUCGAUGCCAAAGGUCUGCAUCCUCUGCAAGAUAACCUCGAGGCUGUACUGGCCGCGCCGAAGCCAACAUUGUCAAAUGGAUUGGCGGAGCGUGCAGUGCGCACCCUUAAGGAAGGUAUCAAGAAAAAUAAGGAUGGAAGUCUGCUCAAUCGUAUUUCCAAGUUCUUGCGACGCUACAGGGCAACACUGACUCGAGAUGGCAAGUCGCCCGCCGAGAUGAUGCUGGGUUUUCAACCCAGGACCCGCCUAAGCACCAAUUUUCCAGAGGAAGAGGUGUCACGGGAUGCGACG